CGUUCGCAGCAACUCCUGCAACAAGUUUGACAGUAGUUCUAUUUCCCUGCUUGGCAACGCAACACAGUAGGGUUUGCCGUUUGUGGACGUCUUUUUUAAAAAAAUAAUUUUAUUGUUUUUUUGUCGUAUGCGCGCGUUUCGCUUUCUCUUGUUAGCAAUGAGGACUUCUUUUCGACCGAAGGUUUGUCGCCCACUUUUUCUUCCCCCUCCUUUCGUUCUUUUUGUUGUCGACUGAGGGUGGACAUCUUCAGCCGUCGCGUUGGUGGAUUUUUUUUUCUUCCUUCUCCAUCGUUGUUUAAAGGGAUUUAAAGAUGUCGAGGAGUGCGGAGGAGGUGAACAAGCUGACUGAAACUACAUACAAGAAUGUGAUGGACCAGUUCAACCCAGGACUGAGAAACCUGGUCAACCUGGGAAAGAACUACGAGAAAUCUGUCGCGGCAAUGACUUUGGCAGGAAGAUUGUAUUUUGAUGCCAUGGCUAAAAUUGGAGAGAGUGCAGUGAUGUCUCCUGUAUCCAGAGAAUUAGGAAUGGUGCUAAUGGGAAUCUCGGAAGUCCACAGGAAAGUUUUUUUCGAAUGGGAGGACAAUUUGAAGAGGUUCCACAGGGAGAUUAUAACCGAGCUGGAGCGAAAGACGGACAUGGAUGUGAAAUACAUGACCGCCACCUAUAAAAGGUACCAGAUGGAGCACAAGAUGAAGCAGGACUCUUUGGAGAAAUCCCAGGCGGACCUGAAGAAGCUCCGAAGGAAGAGCCAAGGCAAAAACGCCAACAAGUACGAGAACAAAGAGAGCGAGUGCGUGGAGACGCUGACGAACCGCCAAAUGGACAUGCAGCUGUUUAUCGCAGACGGCUGCAAAGAGGCUCUUCUGGAGGAGAAGCGCCGCUUCUGUUUCCUGGUGGACAAACACUGCAUGUUUUCCUAUCAGAUCGCAUCGUUUCAUGACAAGGCAAGGGAUACCCUGAUGGCCAAGAUGAACAGUUGGCAGGACCAGUGCAACGACGCAACGGACAUGCCCCAAAGCGUCAUGAGCAUGAUCGAGGGACUGCGUACACCGAUCUCCAUAACGCCGCUGCCCUCUCCCAGCCCCUCACGACACAGUUUGAACAUCUCAGCUCCACCUGCUCCAUCUCAGAAGGCUCACGUAAGCCCACUCGUGAACAUGUUCACUCCAGACAACAAACAAACUGCCAGCAUCACCGCGACUAGCAACAGCAACACAGACCUUGAAAGCAACGGGGAGAACAAUCUCGCCCGGUCGGUGUCUGUGGCCACGGGCCUCAACAACGUGGCGGCGAAGAGGCCACGGGUUCGCACCAUCUUCCCCCAUACGGCCGGCAACAACAACACCCUGCUCAGCUUUGAUGAGGGCGACAUCAUCAUCCUGCUCAUACCCGAAGAGAAAGACGGGUGGAUGUAUGGCGAAAUGGAGAAGAACGGAAAAAGGGGCUGGUUCCCUUCGUCAUACUGCCGUGCAUUCUCGGAGCCGCCCGCGAACAACAACAGUGUGUCGGCGGCGCCGUACCGCAGCCGUAGCGUGGUCAACCUGCAUCACCAGGACACGGAAACAGACGAGGCCACCAUGAUCCUCCCCCCGGAGGACUACACCGACAGCCCGAAACGCGCCACCGUCAAGACCCACCACCCGUCAUCCACCAACGCCGGCACCUUCGUCACCACCAACAAUCACUGGCAGCACUCCCCCACGCCCUCCGCCGUCUCCUCCUCAUCAUCAUCUGAUCACCACACGACAAACCAGACCAACGGCACCUCCAGACCGACACCUGCUUACCUGGCGGGAGGCAACCCGUUUUCCACCGUGCGACUACGUCCGACCGUCACCAACGACCGCUCAGCCCCGGUCAUCUGAUCCGGGCUGAACUUUGAACAUGCUGCGCACAUGGAGGGUAUUUGGGAGCUUUUACAGGACUGACGCCCCCUCCGUUUCAACUCAAAAAGGUCUGUUUGCGGUGGUGACAUUUGGGAAAUAACCACAUCCCAAGCAUGCACAUGUGGAGCCAGGAAAAAAAAAAAAAAAAGUACAUUUUCAAAAUUACAUUUGUAAGGUUUGUUUUAUUGUUAUUGUUGCCAUUAGGAACGGAGAGGGGCAGCUCACUUUAACCGUCGGCUCAACUAGUUUGGCACUAAUAAUCUUCAUAUCAAGGAUCUUUCAUUAAAGCUCAGACACCUUUCUGGAAAACUGUUUGAGCAUUUAUGCUAUUGUCUUGAUAUAAAGUUAAAAGUCCGUGUA